UCGUGCCUCAGGCGGGACUAGAACUCAGAGUCUCCUGGUUUCUAGUCUGAUGCCUUAACCGCUACCCCACAUUGGCUCUGAAGUAGAACUGCAAAAAUCCGGCCAACCUCCAGAUGGCAGCUAAGACACAAGACCCAUUGCUGGCUUCUAGUGGCCGCCCACAUUUGUGCAACUCGGUUCUGGUAGCCUUGUUCCUAGGGAAAGUAGCUCAGAAACGGUGCCCUUACUCUAAGUGAUGGUGAUGCUUAGCUCUUCUAAGGAACCUUGGCUGCAAGCCUAUGAACUGUCUGGAUUCUCCCCAGGAUAGAAAGAGGCAGCUGUUGUCUUCCAGAUGUUUAAUACAACAGUUUUGUACUUUCUGACCAUUGGACAUGGUUAAUGUAAAGAGUCCAGUUUGCCGGGCCUCUAUUCAUACUUCAAAUUGUACAGCAUGGUUGUUUGUUAUGUGCAGCAGCAUUGUUUGUUCCAUAUCCCCUUUUGGAUCUUGGAAUGGGAGAGAAACAAUAUUGCUGGGUCUAGCAAAGAACUCUGCUGUCCAUUUUGAAGACCUAAUUUGUAUAAGGGAUAGACAUAUUAAUGACAUGGCAUACAUCUCUAGGAGGCUUUCAUUGUGCAGCCAGCCUGUCUCAUUUGGAGAAUUUCACUGGGCCAAGACAUUCUUCUUUUCCAUUUCUAGUCCCCUCAUGUUUUCUCAUGACAUAGUAUAUUUGGAAAAGGAGGAAUAGGAACUCAUAGAUUGAAGUACUCAUAAGAUGUUUUCUUAUUAUUUGUUAAAGAAGUUUAUAAACCAGGCUGUUUUUAUGGAUAGCAGGCCAUUAUUCAAUACAUUUGUCUAGAAAAGUCAUGCAGUAGUGCAUUUAUUUGUUUGAUUUAUAACCCAUGUUUGCACAGCAGCUCAAAGUAGUGUACAAAGUACUGGCCCCUAUUUUUUCCCCUCAGUGACAAUCCUGCAAGGUUUUCAUACCUUGGGUAACCUCUUCUGAAAGGAAGUUCUGGUAAAAAAUAUUAUGUUACUCUUGGCAUUUGGUCUUUUGAUGAAAAGUAUGUACUUUCUGCUAUGGAGCACCAUCUUACUAUGCCUAUUUUAUUCAAAAGUGAUUGGGUGUUAUUGCUAAGUAAGCAAAUAUUCAUGGUAUUUCAGUUUGAAAUUGUAGCUGCUCAGUGUUUAGAACUGCACACUAGGUCAUUACUUCACAAGUUUCUCCCAGACCAUAUUGGAUAAAGGAAGAAAUGCCUGAGGAACAUGGUCUGUUCUGGCUCCAAAUAUGCCUUUCCUGGUUAAUCCUUCCCCAACAUAGUUCUACUAAUGUAAUCAAGUAGAUUGACUGGGAGACUUCAAAGGACAAAUAGAAAAUGCUUAGGUUUUAUAUAAGAUUGAUAUAAGGGGAGAUUAGCAUUAAGGACCAAUACCAACUACUAGAUGUCUAGAUAGAAUCAUGGACAUGAAUUUGUAAAACAAGUUCUUUUUUUCCAUAUAUUUCUGGUGUCCCCUGAAAAUAGGGCCUUAAUGCAUUUUGAUUCACAAGUAAGUCUCGCUGAGUGAGUAAAUAUAUGUUUACUAGACACAGAGCCUUUUCUCUAAUAGUUCAUGAGUACUAGAUUCUUGAAGUGCAAAAACUUAUGAUAUUUAGUACUAUACUGUAUGUGUUUCUUGGGAUUAAUGUUAAAUAUGAAUAGUUGGAUUUUUGGUUAUGGAUAUAAUUUGCUUUCACUGUAUGGUUGAGAGAAACUCAUGUAGAAACAAGGCAUUUAUAAAUUACCUAAUAUAGUGAUGCCUUCCAGAUGUGUUGGAACUGCAAUUCACAAAAUUCCAGCCACCGUGACUGAGAAAUGAGAAUUAUAGGAACUGAAUCUCCAACCGUUUUAAGAAUAUCAGGUGUCAAAAUACAUAAUCUAAUCAACAAUAUUAACUGCAGAAAUGAUGGAUGACAGCAAUUCUGAAAAAAUGGUAGAUAUUAUUCGACUUAAUGUUGGAGGCUUUAGGUAUACUGCUAGACGUGAAUCUUUAUGCCGUUUUAAGGAUUCAAUGUUAGCAGCAAUGUUCAGUGGACGGUUUCCUUUAAAAAUGGAUAAUUCAGGAGCAUGCCUUAUUGAUCGUGAUGGCAGUCUUUUUAAAUACCUUUUAAAUUAUCUUCAUGGAGAAGUGUGUCUUCCUGAAAAUGAGGAAACACGAAUUGCAUUACAAGAAGAAGCUGAUUAUUUUGGCAUUCCUUACCCGUACAGUCUUGUUGACCACCUAGCUAAUGAAAUGGAGACAUAUUGUUUAAGAACAAAUAUUGAACUUAAGAAGGCACUCAUAGGUUUUUGUGACUCUUAUGGCUUAAUAUGCACUAAACCUACAGUUUGGGUCUUGCAUUAUCUCAACACUUCUGGUGCAAGCUGUGAGAGUAGAGUAAUUGGAAUAUAUGCUACAAAAGCAGGUGGAACAACUGCAGUUGAGAAGGAACUAGGAGAACGAAUAAAUAGUAAAAAUAUUUACAAGAGAGAGGCUGGAAACAAUAUCCAGUACAUUUGGAGUUACUAUUCAGCGACAGAAUUGAAAAAGAUAAUGGAUGCAUUUGAGGCAUGGGAAGGAAGAGGUGCCAGCUAUUGGCGAGUACCACAGGAGCUGAUAGAGUGCUGGACUCUUGAGGAGCAUUCUUUGAAAGGAAGCCUUCAGAACAUGUCUCCAGUACGUAAACGACGAAUAGUUGAUCCUUUUGAUGAGGAAGAAAGUCAGCUGAACAAUAGAAUAGUUCGAAAGCCAGUUCAAUUCUCUGGCCCCUCUACAAGUACCUGUAUCAAAGUUAAGAACUCGGCUUCUUUAAAGAUGGCAGCAUCUUCACAUCCCCAAACGGUUCUUAAGUCGCCCAGCAGAGACACUUUAACAAGCAAAGUAAUUUCCAAAACUGUUUAUGCGAAGACCAUACCAUUGACUAAAAAUUCUCAGGCCUCUCUUAGGAAUGCUGACAGUGGGGUAGUCGGCAAAAUGAUCUCAAAGUCUCCCUUGUCCAGAAAGUCUGCAACCAGUCGGGUGAUAAAACUGAAGCGGACUCCACUCUGUAAUGAAUUGCUGACUCAGCAUUCUUCAUCAGUCAUGAAGAAAGUUAAACAGCCAAUUCCAUCUGCUGCAGUUGCUGCUACUUCUGCAUCCCACCCGUUAAACUGUGAGCGUUUGGGGCUUUCCCUGAAGUGCACCAGUAUCAGAGAUGGUCUCCAGAAUAAGCAGCUGAGUGGUGAUAUAUGAGGCUGGUACCUUGUAAGACUUACUGGUCGUUAUCUUCUAACAACAAAACUUUACCUUCCAAGAGGACAAAUCAGUCCCAGGUUGCAGAAAUAUAUUGGAAGUAUUUAGAAUGCUUUGGUAAGAUGGUGGAUGGUAUAAGAAGUUUAUCAGUGUUCAUUUUUGUAAUGUGCAUUCUAAAUCAAGUAAUACAGAUUAAAUAUGGGACGUUAGUCAUGCUAGGUUGUGUGUGUUCCAUGGUUUUUAACAUUUUUAAAACUUGUGCAAUUUGUUCUGGGCCUGUAGAGAACAGCAGUCUCCUCCUCUUGAACACUAGGAUUCUUAUUCUGCCAUUGUUCUGGCUGUUCUGCUUUUAAUAGGUAUGGCCACAUAUUUCCAAUAUGUUAACCAUGUAUUAAUAUGGUCUGAGGGAUACUUUCUUAUUACAAAGCUGAGAUUCUUACAAAGAUAGGUUCUCUGAGCAUGCAGACAGCUGUGAAAACAUUUUUAUCUAAUGAUAAAAUUGACUUUGGGGACUAUUCCUCUUUUUGCAAUGAUAAUGUUUCCAGCUUUCAGGAAAAGUUUCCAUAGUUUCUCCAGGAAUGUUGCUUUUGAGUUUCCCUGCAGCUUGCACUGUUCUUCCCAAGCAUUCCAUUUCCCUAUCUAUCCUUCUGGCCCCAACACAGAAAACAAUACUGGAUCAGAUGAUCAUCAGAAAUAUAUUUUUCUCCAAACCCUUAAGGUUUGAAAAUAUCUUUUGUUGAGGUCACUAGGACACUUCCAUGCCACGAUUAUUUCCAAUUCAUCAAAAUCCUUUCAUCUCCAUCUAGCCAAACAGAACUAAAUGGUGCUCCCCUCUCCAGUCAAUAUCCUAACUUCAUUUUGGGUGCAUUUGUCUGGUCGUAUUCCUCCCUUCCGUCCAGCAAGUCCCAGGAGGGAGUUGAAGAAGUAUGAAGCCAUCUUUAUCCUUGAAAGGCUGAGCCCAGGAGCUGAAAAGCAUGGUGAAGCACACCUAUGCAAACGGGAAAUUGACUACCCACAAGUUCCACAAGGCUAUAAGCAUUUGAGAAGCAAGGCGAAUUUCAGACAAAUAAAUCAGCUCAGCUGUUUUCAAGCUGGCUCAAGCUCCUUGUAUGGCAGUGGCCAAAUCUCAUUGCUACUCAUUUCCCCUUCCCAAGCCAUCCCCCUGCUGUUAAUCCAUUAAACACAAUAUCCAUGGUGAGGUUAGUGAAGAUAGACAAUAAUUAAUGUUUGAAGCUGUUUUGUAAUAUCCUCUGAUAACAAUAGGAAUAAAUAAUAUUUUAGAAGAAAAGUGAUUUUGCAAAGCUUUUGUCUUUACUAGUAAUCUGAAACUUUUUAAAUAAAAUAAGUCUAUAUUAAACUGAAGAAUUUUUUUUUUUUAAUUGCUAGUCUCUUUGGGCUAUGAUUUUUUUGUAGGUGUUAUUACACCAUUACCCUUAAUUUCUGUCUUCUCAGGAAAAAGGCCCUUUGGGGUCUAGAUAAGUAUCUAAUGCUGCAGUUUAUCAAUGGCACAUUCAGAAUUUAUUAGAGUAUUUUAAUUGUUUCUGUCUAAUGAUAGUAGUAGAGAUGGACCGGAUGAAGGAAUUACAGUACAUGAGACAGUGGUUCAAUAUAGCAUUUAAAAACUUAAGUUCAUUUCCUAAACAGUGGAGCAUUUUGCUUUGAUGAGGGCAGAGCAAGAGUUAAUAUGAGAAAACUAUUUUAAUGUGACAGAGCAUGGGAUAACAAACCUAAGUCAGUUAGCCUUUCAUCCAUCAUCAAGAAAUGGGAUUCCUGUGGCUUUAAUUAAUUAAUUGUAUGGCAGAAUGUCAAAAUAGUACUUCUUUCAUAUGUUCAUAUACAGUUGUUUUAGGAUAAUGUUGAUGAAAAAUACCUUUUGAUGAAAGAGAUAACUCUCUGCAAGCUGCACUGGUUGCCAGUGUACUUCUGGGUGUAAUUCCAGGUGCUGGUUCCCACCUAUAAAGCCAUUCGUGGCGUAGGACCUGGUUAUUUGAGGGAUGGCCUACCUCCCAGUUCCUGCUAAUCCAGUUAGAUUCGGUAGAGUGGGUGCCCUCCAGGUCUCUUUGAUUAACACAAUUUUUUGGAAUCUUGGAAGUGUGCCUUCUCUAUUUUGCUGCUGCCCUUUGGACCAACAUCACCUUCCCCCCGCUUGAGAUCUGUAUGGCUCCUACCUUGAUGAUGUUCAGAAAGUCACUGAAAACACGGCUAUUCUCUCAGGCCUUGGGAUAGGGUGGUACUGAAUCCCUGUAAGAUGUUUGUUAUAUAGUUUAGCUUCUGGAUGCAUAUGAUCUGUACCUAUGUUUUUACUGUUUCUUGCUUAUUAAGCAUAAGCCACCCAGUCAUUUGGACUUGGGUGGCCUCUAAAUCACGUUUAUCCACUGGAAUUUCUGGUGGCUGCACUGGAUGGGGAAGCAUUACCUGUGAAGGAGUUGGUCCACAACUUGAUGGUCCUCAUGGACACAUAGCUGGAACAGUAGAUGGAAGCCAUGACCAGAGGGCUUGUGCCCUAGCUGCAGCCCUAUCUGGGGUGAGAGGACUUUGCUGCAGUGACUCAGUCCUUGUCAUCCCCUGGGUGGACUACCUCCAUAUGUUCUAUAUGGGGCUGCCCUUAAACACAGCGGUGACUCAAGAAUAUCCAGCUGGUCCAGAGUGUAAUAGCCUGUCUGCUAUCUGGCACAUGCUGGUGAGAGUAUAUUACUGCUGUGGUGUGGGUGCUGCACUGGCUUCUCAUGGGCUUCUAGGUGGAAUUUAAAUUGUUGAUCUUGACCUAUAAAGCCCUUUAAGGCUUGACACCAAUUUAUCAUCAGGACCACAUCUGUCCCAACCAAUUUGAUCUUGUCAGGAAAGCAGCUGGCAGUUCCCUACUUUCAGGGGGAGAGGAGAGCCAAGGCUAGAGGUGCUGCUGCUUAGCGGCAGUGCUGGACCUCUGGAUUGGUCUCUAGAGAUUAGGUUAGCUCCUACAUUAACUGCUUUCCAGAAAUAGCUGAAACAUUCUUCCAGAGGGCGUUUGGAAUACAAUCACAGGAUGCUGGUUUUUAAGUAUCUUUAUUUUUAAUGGUGGCCAUGGAUUAUUUAAUUAUUUCUGUACUCCUAUAAACUGCUGAGAAUGCUGUGGUAUUGCAGUGGGGUACAAUAAUAAACUAAAUAUUAUUUUAUCAA